AUGGCGACUGAGCAUCGAAUCAUCAAAUUCCUUCAUAUUCCUCUUGUUCUUCUCUCCAACGCGGUCUCCGUUACCCUUCUCUUCUUGCUCAAUCACAGGUUCACAGGGAAGCUCCCACGUCUUGUUGGCCCUCAUCCCGACACUAUCGCCAUCAUUGUCCAAGUCUCAGCUUCUCUUCUCGCUGCGUCCCAAGUCUACGUUCUCUGCACACUUGUCAACUUCGCUACCCGUCUCCAGGUAUUUCGGAGAUUCAUAUCAGCGAGCUCUCUGAAACUCCUCGCGGCACUAUCCAUACCACGAAUCGAUUGGGGCCUCGGAUAUCGUGGCAUAGCUGUUGCAGCAUUAUUUACCGUCAUCGGACAUGUUUUUGGCGCAAUUUGGGCGGGCGCAUUGACACCAUUGGCGGUCGAUUCGAUACGCAAGGAUGGAACCGUACAGAUACCAACCUACAACGGUCCCUAUAAAAUGAGCUGGUUGCUGCAGACGGGAGGCAAAAUCUUCUUAAAAAACUGCAACGCUUACCACCUUACCUCGUCCAUCUCCAUCAGUCGGUGCCCAACGAUUAAUUUCAUUACAACUUUAAUGUCGACGGCCCUGGGUGCCACAAGUGCGCCAGGUGUUCCGAGAGUUUACCCCAAGAUAGAAGUUCCUGCUUGGAGCUACAGCAAUCGCUCAUACGGAGCCGGCGCCUCACAAGGUCUCUUCUCUCCCACUAGUAAUUCCAAUGACUCGUAUACGGCAUACUCAUAUGAAGAACCCGGUUACUGGAGCCGAGUGGCCUGCCACUACAACGAAACCUCAAACUUGACGAUCACCCGUCUGGAUUCUCUUGAAAACGCUCCAUUCGUACUUUGGCUGGUCGAGGGUUCACUGCCAAACACAGUCGCAAACAAUAUCUCCUCCUAUACGUUGAUGACAGACCGUACACCUUGGUGGAACGAAGCGCUCGGAUGGUCGGCUGCUGCGGCAAACGGUCAUAACAUGCUCGCUAUUGCUACUGUUGCUAGUGGUCAUUGGUAUACACAUUGGAACAGGAUGCAAUGUUCAGUUGACUUUCAGCCGACACUUUUUAACGUCACCGUUAAUCUCACUCAGUCAAUGAUCAGUGUCUCUCCAAGCGGUCCGCAUGCGGACUUCGACCAGACCGGCUCGCUUCAGACAGCUGUCAUGGCCAACCUUGAUCUAAUCUCCCGAAUGAGUUCUAACAUAGGCAUAUCAAGCUUGGGCGCCGCGCUCGUCGCGAAUUCGGUCGCUAUGAACGCCAGCCACCCUGGGAUGACGGAAGACGAAAUAUAUUUACGUGCAGGCGAGAACAUGAUCGCUGCUCUUGUCGACGAUUUGUUGGUUGCCGAAGCAAGCAGACAAAUGAUAAUCCACAAUUCAAGCGUCGCUGCGCCUGUGUACAAGAAAUUCGAUGCCAUCCGGUUGGGAUCGCCAAGACUCAUUUAUAUUUCCCUGGCAAUCAAUAUCACACUUGCAAUCAUAGUUCUGGCCGAAUCGUUUCGUACCAAAGCAUGGCACCAUCUCCCAGCGUUCAACAUUACAAAUUUGCAGAGCGUCAUUACUGCUGCCCUGCUGUCGCCGUCCAGAUGCCCAAUCAAUGACGACGAGUUCGAAGAAGAUGUGAAUGCUACUCUGGCGACAAGUGAAAUGAAUCGGAUGACGUUCAAAUGGACGUAUGACAAAACUAGUACCGUCAUGAUGCUAGUCGACUUGUCGAGCGAUGUACCCAGCGAAAGAACGAAUGCGACCAGUAUCCCCCUGGAGCAUUUUUCAUCCGAGAGCCUGGAAACAUUGGUAUAG